AUGAGGUCCGAGAUUGCAACAGCUUUUUACGAAGAACUUAAAUUUCGUCACGACCAACGAGACCAUGCAGAACAAGUUUUUAGAAACACGGUCGAAUGCCUUUUAAAAUAUCAUGACAAGAAAGUAAAAAAAUACGCGAAACAUUUGAAGAGCGAUGAUUGUCAUUUCCUUACUUUACAAGUUUGUAAUCAAUACUGGAAAAGACUUGCAACUGAACACUAUAGAGAGGAAGGGAAUCUUUAUCAACUUCAACAUAGAGCCAAUGCAGAAAAGAGAGUUAUGGAAUUUGAUACUAAAAUUGGGCAAAAGUGGGUAGAUGACCUUGACCAUCAAAACAAGAGAAGACGCCGUGAAGCCAGUCCUCUGGAAAAAUAUUCUGAUUACGAUAAUGUCAAAAGAAUAGAAAGUGAAAGCGAAAGCGAAAGCGAUUAUGAUACAACUGAUGAUGAAUUUGACGAGAGUUAUUGCACAGCUGAAAUUAUCAAUAUUUCCGAACACGAGGCAGUAGAUCAACACAGUGAACUGAAGAAAUGGGUACUUGAAAAUCGAGUUCCUGACAUAACUGAUAAAGAAAAGGAUACAAUAGACAACUAUGUAUUAGAUGUAUUUGAGCGUAACAUAGAAGGUACUAUGAAGUCUAUCAAAGAGAAAAAAGUUGACCUAGAUCCAAAGGAUGCUUCGAUUAAUCCUUAA